AUGGCAGACACACCAGUACCUCGCAAGCUAUGGGAUCCUCCCAACCCGAAGGGCACAAUGGCCUACAAGUUCAUGCAGGCAGUCAACCAAAAGCACAACACUAAUCUCCAGACAUGGCAAGACCUGCAUGCCUUCUCUGUAGAUCAGAGAGCUGCUUUCUGGGGAGAGCUCUUCACACAGCAUCCAUUGAUUCACUCCGGCUCAUAUGCCAAGGUCGUGGAUGAGAAUGCUCGCAUGGAUACCAAUCCUCCAUGGUUCGAAGGCGUGAAGGUCAACUUCGCAGAGAACUCUCUGCUUUGGCCGGACUCGAAGGAUCCAAGCAAGAGUACUACCUACCGUAAAGAGGAUUGGCGAGUGGCGUGUACAGAGGCUCGUGAAGGCGGUACGGAAAUCAGGCAAUGUACUUGGAAGGAGUUGCGAGAGCGGACUGCUCAUAUGUCGAAUGCCAUGCGAGCCCGUGGUGUCAAGAAGGGAGAUCGUGUCGCGGUCGUGGCAUCGAAUUCGAUCGAUACGCUGGUUGUCUUCUAUGCUGUGACAUCGCUCGGUGCUAUCUUCAGCAGCUCAUCAACAGACAUGGGAACGAAGGGUAUCCUGGAUCGACUCCGACAGACCAAGCCAAAGUAUGUCUUCGUGGACGAUUGGGCUCUGUACAAUGGCAAAACUUUUGACCUUCGACCCAAGAUGAACGAGCUGGUCGAUGGUAUGAAGGGUAUCUCGGAGCUCAACUGUAUCGUGAGCAUCCCUAGAACCCAGGGCAAGCCUCAAGACAUCUCAAGUGUUCGAUGCUGCGAAACACUCGCCAACUUCUUGAAAUCUGCCAACGGCGACAAGACCCUCCGCUUCGAGCGAAUCCCCUUCGGCGACCCCUUCCUCAUCGUCUACUCCUCCGGUACCACCGGCGUGCCAAAAUGCAUCGUCCACAAUGUUGGCGGUAUCCUCCUAAACUGCAGGAAAGAAGGCAACCUCCACCGAGACGUCGCCCAAACACCACCCGAGGACUCCUGCGUGCUGCAAUACACCACCACCGGAUGGAUCAUGUACCUCAGCAGCUGUCUCUCCCUCAUGAACGGCUCACGAGCAGUCCUGUACGAUGGAUCUCCACUCCAGCCAGACCUUACAUCCUUCCUCAAGCUAAUCCAAGACCAAGGCGUCACAGAUCUCGGCGUCUCGCCUCUAUGGAUGCAGACCCUCGCAACAGCGAAGCCUCCAGUCCUACCGAGAGACACCGUCGACCUUAGUCAGCUCCGCCGCGUCAUCUCAACAGGCAUGGUCCUCUCCGAAGCACAAUUCGAAUGGUUCUACGACCACGGUUUCCCCUCCCACGUGCAACUCGAGAACAUCUCCGGUGGCACGGAUCUAGCUGCAUGCUUCACUGGUGCGAACACCAUGAUGCCCGUUUACACCGGCGGCACAGUCUCUCCCUGCCUCGGGAUGAAAGUCGAAGCCUACGAUCAAACUAUCGAGGGCGGUAAGGGAGUGAAGGGACAGCCCUUACCGCUCGGUGAAGCCGGCGAAAUGGUCUGUACACGCGGUUUCCCGACGCAGCCUGUGAAGUUCUGGGACGACCCGGGUGGUGAGAAGUAUUUCAAGAGCUACUUUGAGCGCUUCGAUAAUGUCUGGACGCAUGGGGAUUUCCUUUCCAUCCAUCCCAAGACGGGGCAGCUUUUCCUGCAUGGACGUGCUGAUGGUGUUCUGAACCCUUCUGGCGUCCGCUUUGGAAGUGCUGAGAUCUACAAUGUGAUCGACAUCAACUUCGUCGAUGAGAUUCAAGAUAGUAUCUGCGUAGGACAGAGGCGGCCACAGGAUAUGGACGAGAGUGUGAUGCUGUUCUUACUAAUGAAACCCGGGAAGAAGUUCUCGCAGGCAUUGGUGAACAAAGUGAAGGACGCGAUUGCGAGGGAUUGUGGCAGGAGGUGUGUGCCGAAGUAUGUCUUCGAGACGUCGGAGAUACCAACGACGAUCAACCUCAAGAAGGUCGAGCUGCCCGUCAAGCAGAUCGUUUCUGGGAAGACGGUCAAGCCGUCGGAUACGUUGGCGAAUAAGGACUGCCUCAACUUUUACUAUCAGUUCGCUAAGGUGGAGAAGGUCCUGGAACCGAAGAGCAAGCUGUAG